AUGGAAGAUCAAGCAUUUGUCACCUUGGCAACUAAUGACACCUAUGUGAAGGGAGCGCUUGUCCUGGGAUUCUCUCUCCGGAACUGCUCUACUACAAGAAAGCUGUGUGUGCUUAUAACUCCUCAGGUCUCGGAGUCCAUGAAAAAAGUGCUUAACAAAGUUUACGAUGACGUUCGAGUGGUGGAUGUCUUGGACAGUGAGGACUCGGCACACCUAGCUUUAAUGGAACGUCCUGAACUAGGAAUCACAUUAACCAAACUCCAUUGCUGGGCACUGACACAGUACACAAAAUGUGUGUUUAUGGAUGCAGAUACAAUGGUUUUGACAAAUGUUGAUGACUUGUUUGAACGAGAAGAGCUGUCUGCUGCACCGGAUCCAGGCUGGCCUGACUGCUUCAACUCUGGAGUGUUUGUAUAUCAGCCAUCUAUUGAGACCUACAACCAGUUAUUACAGUUGGCGAGAGAAAAAGGAAGCUUUGAUGGUGGGGACCAGGGUUUGUUAAACACAUUUUUCAACACAUGGGCCACACAAGAUAUACAGAAGCAUCUACCUUUUCUUUACAACUUAAGCAGUGUUUCUAUAUACUCUUAUCUGCCAGCUUUCAAAGCAUUUGGAGCAAAUGCCAAGGUAGUGCACUUCCUGGGUAAAGUGAAGCCAUGGAACUAUACAUAUGACAGUAAAACAAAGACUGUGAAAGGAGAUGCUCAUGACCAAACUCUAAUUCACCCAGAAUUUCUCCAGCUUUGGUGGGACAUGUAUUCUUCAAGAAUCUUGCCUCUCCUUACAGAACACGGUGUGGUCAAAGAUGUGUCAGUUGGCUUAAAAGCGCUGUCGGGCUUGGUCUGUUCACUGGCUUUCUCUUGUCGCUUCUGUAGAGAGGAGGAAGUUACAGAAGCCGUGUCACAGAUGUGCAUAGCAUCUCCACCACCUCCUCCACCACCAUCUAUAUCCUCAGAAGAACGCAGAGAGCGAUGGGAACAGGGUCAGGUUGACUACAUGGGAGCCGAUUCGUAUGAUAACAUCCAAAAGAAGCUAGAUACUUAUCUCCAAUAGAAUUCUACUGUCCUGCACAAAACCUCAAUGAACUUUUCAAGACCUGUUCUGCAUCUAGAACAGUCUUCUACCAUAAUGUUUACUAAACUGCUAGGAGCUUUACUAAAUUUCCUCUGGUGGACAUGUCCACUUUUGUGUGGGAAAUGGAAAAAUAGGCAUCUUUUUUUGUUCUACACCCAGUUCUGUGCCAUUUAUCAACUUGGACUAGCCAAGUGACCUGUUCACUGGUUUAGGUAACAAACAACCUGUAAGUAGCACUUAACCAAGUUUAACUACGUCCCAAAGGAUGUGGCUAUUGAUGAACUAUUGAUGCUCUCGCUCCCACUGUUCAA